UGAGGACAUAGAAAGGGAAAUAUAUAAACACCAACCAACCUAGAGGGGGAUGGAACAAUAACUCAAAGAACCGAUAUCUAGAAUAAAUCUGAUCUAUAUAUUUUAUUUUCGGAAUAUUUUUUUCUGAAUAUAUACGUGGUAUUACUGAAGAGAAUGAGAGAACAGAAAAACCGAAACAACCACCAUCUAUGAGAGAAAGAGAGAGUUUUUGCAUGUAAAGUAAGGUUAGGAAAGGAAGAUAAAGGAGAAGAGAAACAAGCCCUCUUCCCUCUCUCUCUCUCUCUUCCAAGAGGAAAGAGAAAGAGAAAAAUGAAGAUGGGGAGUCCAAAGAAAGAAUUGCUUGAAGACUUUGCAUUAAUAGCAGGAUUGAUAGGGGUGCAAUUUGUAUAUGCGGGAAACUCAGUGUUGCUGAGUUAUCUUAUGUUCUUAGGCCUCAAUCCUCUCACUAUCAUCAUCUUCUCUACCUUUGCCACCUUCUGUGUUCUCUCUCCUCUCUCUGUUUAUUUUGAAAGGAGUAAAUGGCCCAAGAAAUUGACUCUGAAAUUGUGUAUUCAGCUGGUUUUAAUUGCUUUUGGAGGAGUAACAUUAUUCCAAUCUUUGUUCUUGAAGGGGAUUAAGCUAACCUCACCAGCAAUGGCCACAGCUAUGCCUAACCUUGCUCCUGGAUUCAUCUUCGUCAUUGCUGUAGCUUUUAGGUUAGAGAAAUUGAAACUGACUUGCAUGUACAGCAGAGUGAAGAUUGUAGGGACAUUCUUGUGUGUGAUUGGUGCAAUCACAAUGAGCAUCAUGCAGAGUACAAUGCACACUCCCAUAGCAAAGCAGACUACUGACUUAGCAUCUCCACCACCACCUACAUCUGAUAGUGAUUACAUGUUUAACAUAGACAAGAUCAUUGGCUGCAUCUAUCUCAUGGCUGGUGUUCUUGUUCUAUCAAGCAACAUAGUCUUACAGGCUUCAACAUUGGGAGAUUUUCCAGCACCAAUGUCAAUGUGUGCAAUAACAUCACUGAUAGGGGUGAUAAUAACUGCAAUCUUAGAGUUGAUUCAAAAUCACAAAUUUGAUAUUGGAUGGCCAAUUGUCAGUGUUCGAGACCUAAUUGGCUAUUCUCUAUUGGGAGGGACAGUAAGUGGAUUGUGUGUGAGCUUCAAUGGAUGGGCAAUGAAGAAAAGAGGACCAGUGCUUGUAUCCAUGUUUAGUCCCAUUGGAACUGUCAUUUCUGUUGUCCUCUCUUUCAUCACCAUUGGCGAGUCCAUUACUCUUGGAAGUAUUGCUGGUAUGUUUCUGAUGUUCACCGGCCUCUAUUUCUUUCUAUGGGCUAAAGGGAAAGAAGGUUUUUCAGUAGGAAACGGAGAUGUAGAUGCCAUGGAAACUGAGGUCGAUGAAGAGAAGCCUCUCUUGUCUUGAUAUAUAUUUUCUCCAAUUGAUUUGUUGAUCAUGUAUUUGAUAUAAUUUGAUAAUCACCACAAAUGCUUAUUUAUAGGCAAGUUGGUGUAUGGAAUUAAACUGAACUUUCAAGCUUUAUGUCACUGGGAGCACUACAAUAUGAUUGUGUAUCAUCAUCUUUAAAGUCUCAAUUUUAACAUUGCUAAUAUUAUUCAAACAAGGCAAGCAAUGAUUCGAGAGCAAAUAGACAUUGAUUGUAAUCUUCUUCUU